AUUGAAAUGGGGAGGAGUCUGACAGACUGAGUUCAGAUCAGGACAGACUGAAGGACAAACAACCAGAAAGGAGGAGUAAAUUAAGUGAGCAACAGGUUCGACAGAACCAGAACCACAAAAAUAAGAGGGCAAUAAAUAUUGCCUGCCUGAAGAACAAUGUCUCUAUCUCCCGCCGCCUUUGCAGCUCGUCAGGUGUUUGCUGCUGCGUCACAUUCAAGCCAUGAGGGUGGAGCGAGGACCUGGAAAAUACUGACCAUUGUGUUGGCCAUUCCUGGUGUUGGCGUCUGCAUGGCUAAUGCCUACAUGAAGAUGCAGGCGCACUCGCACUCGCAGCCAGAAUUCGUGGCAUAUCCUCACCUGCGUAUCCGCACCAAGAAAUUUCCCUGGGGUGAUGGAAAUCAUUCCCUAUUCCACAACACUCACACCAAUGCUUUGCCUGAUGGCUUCGAGAACUCCCAUCACUGAGAAGAUCGGCCAUAUUUCUCAGCUAUGUUUCCAGUCAGCAGUGUACUUGGAUUAAUUAUAUUGACUGCACUGCCUUCAAGCGUUGCAACCAGAAAGGAAUAAAACCACUUUGUGCUGUA